GAAAAUACAGAGCACUAUACUCAUUUGAUUCUCAAAAACGUAGAGCGCAGACUUAAUGGAGGAAAAUACAGAAUCAGGAUCAACAACCAUUUCGGGGCUGCAGAUACUGUAACUCAUGUUGAAAUCUUAGAUAAACCUGCUAAGCCAGAAGGUCCUCUGGUUCUUGAUGCACUAUUGAAGAAUUCUGUGAUUAUUAGCUGGAAAGCACCCAAAGAUGAUGGUGGAUCUAUGAUCACAAAUUAUAUUGUGGAAAAGCGGGAAGACAAGGAAGGAGCAGAAUGGGAUCUUGUAUCUUCAUCUAUCACUGGCACUUCAUGUAGAAUUCCUAACCUUGUUGAAAAUGAGGGAUACUACUUCCGUGUUUCAGCACAAAAUCGUUACGGCAAUAGUGAAUCACUGGAGACUCCUUCUGCUAUCCUCAUCAAGAGUCAGCUAGAGAGGCCAGGAGCCCCAUUAAAACCAGUUGUUUCUGCACUUACCAAAAACUCCUGUGUUGUGUCUUGGAAGCCACCUCUCAGUGAUGGAGGCUCUAAAAUUAAGAACUACUGUCUUGAAAAGCAAGACAAGAAGAAGGGUGAAUGGGUUGCAGUUACGACAGAUGAAAUCCACCAGACUGUUUAUUCUGUCAAGGGCCUGACAGAAGGUGUUGAGUAUGAAUUCCGUGUGAAAUGUGAAAACCUUGGAGGAGAAAGUGAUUACAGUGAAGUAUCCGACCCUGCCAUUCCAAAGAUAGAUGUUGAUGUGCGUGCUCCUGCCUUCAAGGAAGACCUCAGAAACAUGAGUGUAAAAUUCAAGAGCAAUGCAACAUUUGUCUGCAAGAUAACAGGACAGCCCAAGCCUGUAAUAAAAUGGUUCAAGCGUGGAAAGGAAAUUCAAGCUGAUGGCACUAAAAUCAAGAUACAAGAAUUCAAGGGAGGCUACCAUCAGCUUGUUAUUGCUGAUUGUGAUGCAGAAGACUCAACUGUAUAUCAGAUCAGAGCAACAAACCAGGGUGGAUCCAUUUCUGCUACUGUUUCUCUAGAUGUUGAAAUCCCUGCAAAGAUUCAUCUGCCUAAGAAUCUGCAAGGAAAGGAAGCUAUCCCUGCCCUUCGUGGUGAAGUGGUCAACAUCAAAAUUCCAUUCAGUGGAAAACCAGAUCCAGUUAUUACUUGGCAGAAGGGACAAGACCUUCUAGAUAAUAAUGGACACUAUCAAGUCAUUGUCACAAGAUCCUUCACAUCUCUUGUAUUCCAGAAUGGAGUAGAAAGGAAUGAUGCUGGUUUCUAUAUUGUAUGUGCCAAAAACAGAUUUGGAAUUGACCAGCAAACAGUAGAGCUUGAUGUUGCGGAUGUGCCUGAUCCACCACGUGGCAUCAAAGCCAGUGAUGUUUCGAGGGAUUCUGUAACACUCCACUGGGUAGCACCUGCCAAUGAUGGUGGAAGUAGAGUAACCAACUAUAUCAUAGAAAAGUGUGCCACCACAGCAGAAAGAUGGAUUCGUGUUGGCCAGUCUCGUGAUACCCACUAUACUGUUGUCAAUCUAUUUGGAAAGACAAGUUACCAAUUCCGUGUCAUAGCUGAAAAUAAAUUUGGUCAGAGUGCACCAUCUGAGGCAAGUGGACCUGUUGUAACGAAGGAAGACAAAUCAAGAGUUCUCAACUAUGAUGAAGAGGUUGAUGACACCAGGCCAGUUUCCAAAACCAAAGCUCCUCACUCAGAGGCUAAGAAUGUUCAUAACAAGUACAUGAUUGCUGAAGAGCUUGGCCGUGGACAGUUUGGUAUUGUUCACCGGUGCAUUGAAACCAGCUCUGAGAAAACUUACAUGGCUAAAUUUGUCAAAGUUAGAGGUGCAGAUCAGGCAAUAGUUAAGAAAGAAAUUGCAACACUAAAUGUGGCACGCCACAAGAACUUCCUCUUACUGCAUGAGUCAUUUGACUGCCCUGAAGAACUAGUCAUGAUUUAUGAGUUCAUUUCUGGUGUGGACAUAUUUGAACGCCUUGGUACAGCCAAUUUUGAGCUCAAUGAGCGUGAAGUUGUUAACUAUAUCAGACAAGUAUGUGAAGCUCUUGAAUUCCUUCACAGCAAGAGUUAUGGCCACUUCGAUAUCAGGCCUGAAAAUAUAGUCUACACCACAAGAAAGGGAACUAAUGUCAAGAUCACUGAGCUUGGACAGUCUAGACACCUUACACCUGGUGACCAAAUUAAGAUUCAGUACAUGACAGCUGAGUUUGCAGCACCAGAAAUUCAUCAGAAUGAGAUGGUUAGCACCGUGACAGAUAUGUGGUCUGUCGGUGUCCUUGUGUAUGUUCUUCUUAGUGGACUUAAUCCAUUUGCCGCUGAAACUAAUCAGCAAAUGAUUGAGAGCAUUUGCAAUGCUGAGUACAGUUUUGAUGACGAAGCCUUCAAGCAUAUAAGUGUCGAGGCAUUAGACUUUGUUGACCGCCUACUAACCAAAGAGCGUAAACAUCGUAUGACUGCUGCAGAGGCUUUGAAUCAUCCUUGGCUGACAAUGAACUCAGAGCAACUGAGCACUAGGACCAUCAAGAUUACUCGUCACAAGAGAUAUUACCAAGCCAUGGUUAAGAAAGAAUGGAACACUGUUGUCUCAUCUGCUCGUAUUGCCAGUGGUGGUGCUAUCAGAAAUCAGCGGGGAGUAACACUCUCUAAAGUCAAGAUUGCACCAUUUGAACAUGGACCAGUUGCAGGACAAAUUAAACACAGUGUUGCUGACGAAGGUGAUGAUAUCAAGCUCAUUUGCAACAUUGAUAACUAUGAUAGUAGCACGGAAGUAACAUGGUACUGUGGAGUAAGACAACUAGAAGAAGGUGCUAAAUACGAAAUUGCUUAUGAAGACGGGCUUGCUUCCAUAACUAUUAAGGCAAUCACAAGAACCGAUGAUGGAACAUACAGAUGUAAAGUUGUCAAUGAGUAUGGUGAGGACAGUGCUUAUUCUGAGCUCUUUGUUAAAGGAGUAAGAUCCUAUCGUGAGUUCUACACUGCACGUGUUGUAAAGAAAGUAAAACGCAGAGUUGACACAGCAAGACUACUCCAAAGACCUCCUGAAUUUACUUUGCCAUUGUGUAACCGCACUGCUUACAUUGGAGAGGAUGUGCGCUUUGGUGUCACAAUCACAGUGCAUCCUGAACCACGUGUGAUGUGGUUGAAAACUGGUCAAAAGAUUAUGCCAGGAGAUGAUGACAAGAAAUACACUUUUAUUAGUGAUAAGGGCCUGUAUCAGUUAGUUAUUCACCAUCUUGACCCAGAUGAUGAUGCAGAAUACACUGUUGUGGCACGGAACAGAUUUGGUGAUGACAGUUGCAAGGCUCGUCUCACAGUGAUACCUCGUCCUGCUCCUGCUGAUAACACCUUGAGACCUAUGUUCAAACGUGUUCUUGCUAACUUGGAAUGCAGAGAAGGCCAGAGUGUACGUUUUGAAAUGAGAGUGUCAGGGCAUCCUCAUUGA